AUAAUCGAAAACUCGACCUCUCAAUGCAGACUCCCCGAGAAAACCAAAAUAAACCAAUAUAUCAGAGAAACCCGACUAAUCGGAAAAGAAAAGGCCAAAGAGAUGAGCAGCGGCAGCAGCGGUGGCGGCGCAGCGCAGCAGUCACCUCACUCUCUAGCUUUCAGAGUGAUGCGAUUGUGCCGUCCGACGGUCCACGUGGACACCUCCCCUCUCAAAUUCGAUCCCUGCGACCUCCUUUUCGGCGAGGACCUGUUCGACGAUCCACUUGCCGCCGCCGGUCUCCCCCGCCUCCUUAGCAGCCAAUCGAAUCCCUCCGUCGUGGAUCCCUCCGAUCUCAGCUACCGCAGCAGAUUCCUCCUCCAGCACCCUACUGACUCGCUCGGCCUCCCAGGCCUUCUUGUCCUCCCACAAUCAUUUGGUGAUAGAUUUUUAGAUGAACUAUGUGUUUUAGGCAAUCAUUUUCAUUUUUCUAGGGCAAUAUAUCUUGGGGAGACAUUCUGCAGUUACAUAAGUAUCAACAACAGCUCAAGUUUUGAAGUCCGUGAUGUUGUGAUUAAGGCUGAAAUUCAAACAGAAAGACAGAGGAUACUGCUUCUGGAUACAUCAAAAUCGCCUGUUGAAUCAGUACGUGCCGGGGGGCGAUACGAUUUUAUUGUGGAGCAUGACGUGAAAGAACUUGGUGCACACACCUUGGUGUGCACUGCACUUUACACUGAUGGUGAAAAUGAGAGGAAGUAUCUCCCACAGUUUUUCAAGUUUGUAGUUUCUAACCCCAUCUCUGUACGGACAAAGGUUCGCAACGUUAAGGACACAACAUUUUUGGAGGCUUGUUUAGAAAAUCAUACGAAAUCUCACCUUUAUAUGGACCAAGUUGAGUUCGAGCCAGCUCAGCAUUGGGUUGCAACUGUGCUAAAAGCUCCUGAUAAUUCCUCUGAUCAUAAUCCAUUAACAAGAGAAAAUUUCAAGGAACCCAUUCUCAUUAGACCUGGGGGAGGAAUUUAUAAUUAUCUGUAUCAGCUGAAAUUUUCGCCACCUGAUGGUGCACAAAUGAAAAUUGAGGGAAGUAAGAUUCUAGGUAAAUUUCAGAUAACAUGGCGUACAAAUUUGGGUGAACCUGGUCGCCUGCAGACCCAACAUAUUCUUGGUAAUCCCGUUUCUCGCAAGGAAAUUGAAUUACAUGCUGUGGAGAUCCCACCUGUCAUUAUCUUAGAGAAAUCAUUCAUGACUCUUGGAGAGGUGCAAGCAUACAACUCGUUGAAUUUUCAGCUGAACUUGAUUGCUGUUAAGCUUGGGAUUCAGCAAAUCAGCGGAAUUACUGUUUUUGACACUAUAGAGAAGAAAACUUACGAUUCACUUCUAGAAUUGGAGCGAACGAUUGUCGAAGGAGCAAAGCUUCUAGUUCGAAAAUCCAUAAACGAACACAUUAACCCGAGAAAAACCACUCUCCCCUUCGGCAUUACCGACUUGGGCUGCUCGGUUGGGCCCAACACCUUCCUCACGGUAAACUCCAUCAUAGAGUUCGUCAAACUCAAAUACGAAGAAUCGGACAAUUAUACCCCCGAGUUCCAAGUCUACUUCAACGACCAAACCGCCAACGAUUUCAACAACGCUCUUCAAAUCUCUCCCUCCCGAUCAAGAAUACUGUGCGAACGCGACCCCGGGCACGUUCUACGGGCACCUCUUCCUGAGCUCGUCUCUCCAUUGGCUCGUUUUCCCUCCAUUGGCUCUCGCGGGUCCCGGUCGAGAUUCUCGACCAAGACUCGAGUGCCUACAACAAGGGAAGGACGCAUUACGGCGCGGGAGAUUGUCUCUGGAGGUUUGCUCUUGCUUGUGGUCCUGGCUCGACCGGACGGGUGUCCUCACUCGGAAGCCGUUUCAAACGUCGUGUUCGAUGCUCUCGGAGGUUGCCUAGUCGACCUCGCGAGGAAGGGAUUAAUCGAUGACGAGAAGGUCAACACGUUCAACUGGCCAAUCUACAUUGCUUCACCAGACGAGCUGCAAGAUGUCAUCACUCAAAAAGGGCAUUUCACCACGAUCGAGAAAAUGGAGAGUUUACCCGAAACAGAAGCUUCCGAUUACGAGCCCCGAGCCGCGUCCCUCAGCGAUAUUGAUGUGCUUCUGCACUUGAACCGGCUUCCCUCCAAUCCUCGACCGCUCCAAGACGUGCAAAGACAUCGGGAGGUGCUCCCGGCGGUAAACAUCCGACGCUCAAAGGCUUCUAUUCACGAUGAUCAUGGGCCGAGACUCGCAGCUUAUCUUGGGCUGGCCCAGUUGAGCUGGGUCCAUGUUAAGGUUAUUAUUAAUGAGGAGAAAAUGUACAUCUUCGUCUGA